AUGGAAACUCCUUACACAGAUCACUUAACAACGAUAGAUUACGAACAAGUAUAUGAACCAGCAGAAGAUUCCUUUUUAUUGUUGGAUGCACUAGAAGCUGAUCUUUCGUAUAUUGAAAACUUACAACCGAAAGUGUGCUUGGAAGUUGGACCGGGUAGUGGUAUAAUUGUAACAGCAUUGGCAAAAAAACUGAAAGCAACGCUUUGCUUAGCUACUGAUAUAAAUCCGUAUGCGUGCAAGGCAACAAAGAGAACAGCACAACAUAACGGUACAUUUGUGGAAAGCAUAAACUGCAACUUGGUAGACCUUUUGCGUGAAAAGUCGAUUGAUUUACUUGUAUUCAAUCCGCCUUACGUGGUAACGUCGGACGAAGAAUUGAAGAAUCAAUCGUCCACCAACUCACAAAUUACAUUUUCUUGGGCUGGUGGUAUACAUGGCAGACGUGUAAUCGAUGAGCUACUCAAGCGCUUAGAUGGCAUUUUAUCUGAUAAAGGAGUAUUCUAUUUGUUGGCACUACGUGAAAAUAAACCAGACGAAUUAAUAAACAAUUUAAAUACACUGGGUUUUAAGGCAAUUAAGUUUAUGGAAAGACGAAUUCCUGGUGAAUACCUAUACAUUCUAAAGAUAACGCGUAAAUAAUUUGUUAAGUAUUUUACUGUAAAAAAGUAAAUACAUAUAUUUUCCCCAAAAUA